AUGGGUGUGGUCGUUAAGGCCUCGCCAGACAGGAAGCAAGUGGCGGUUUCGCAACAAAGCUACGCGGCUCAGGAUUGGACAAAUUUUACGUCGUUACUUCGAUUUGAGUUAAAAAUUGCAUCUCCUGACACUCAUAUUAAAUGUAGAUAUUUCCUGAGGGGUUGGGCAACCACUAGUCGGGAAGUCGCGACGCAGUGGCGCCAAAAGUUCACCGAACUUAACCGAGAAGUUGCUACAGUCAACGUUGAAUUGGCGAAUCUUCAUAAACCUUAUUCUAAAGCUAUGAAUGAGAUUUUGGUGGAUAACGAAGAGGAUGAAAUAUACCGGCCGUGUCAUAUAGACGAUCUUAACUGCAUGAGGAAGUUCUUAGCCUCGCGACGCCACUGUUAUCCACCGCCUGGACGAGUUCCCGACCCGUACCUCCGAGAUAAUAGUAUACUUAACUACGUCGAUUUUAAUAUUACCGUAAUUAAUAUUAAUAGCAAGAUAAGCGGUUUGAAUGGAAUUAUUAAGGAAUUUCACGUUAACAAACGAACCAAUCAACUUGUGAUAGCGGUUUGGUUUGACACAAUAGACGUUCCUACCGAGAGAUCUGUGGUCUACCACCAUCGAAACGGACGAGUUCCUAUUGUAACUAGCGAUUGGUCCCGCAUUAUAUAUCGCCGCACACUCAUAACAACAACUACUCCGUUAUCAUCAACAAUUGAUUUCCGUUACACGGUGGUAUACGGAUAUAGUGAAGAUGGUAACCCACGAUAUGGUUUUGGAUCAGGAAUCAACAACCACCCUUCGCCCAUUGUGCAGGGCAAUGUUGCAUCUUUUAUGGCCAACAUUGAUUUGGCUGUAAGAAACGCUUUCCUCACUGAAGCAAGAUCAUACAUACGCAUCUUCAUACAAAAUGUACUUUGCGGCUACGAUGUAGUCUUGUAA